GGGGAAAAAGAUAAAACCGUCUGCUCCACCAUCAACCUGAUGCUGCCGCCGUACCGUGCGUGCGUGCGUGCACCUGUCAUCCGCUCAAUGGCCGCAAACAAGUCGCUGGUCGGCCACCUGAUAGCUGCUUAGAACCGCAGGCGGAACCACUUGCCGCACCAGCCACCAGCAGUCAUGGCCACCUUCUGCGCUACGUUGUGCUAGAGACCCGUACCCAGUGUGAGCAGAGAAGGAGUACCGUCUGCCAAGUAAAACCGACCCACCUAUUGGAGCCACAGCCCAGGCGCGUUGGCAACAAACAGCGGCUGCAGUGCCCGGUUACAGACACACUAUCAUGUUUGGCAUGGUGCUACAUUCAGCAGAUACGCUCAGCAUCCACCAACGGACAACUCACGAUUCAGCAAUCGUACUAUCACGCCACAGCGAGCGACUAAGCUGCUAGGGCAGAGGCGUCAACAAACCCAUAGUGAGGGGAAAAAAAAACAACAACGCAAUCAAUCAACGGGCAGAGUUCCACCACCACGAGUGCGAAUUAACGUGAUCGACAGCGGCCACGAAGACAACAGUCAGUCAGCCGGGCCAGGAGAUCGCGCGCGCGCGCGACUAAAAGAGAGAGAGAGAGAGUGAACGAAUAGAUAGGCUGAAUAGAGAGAGAAGGAGAGUGAGAGCGAGAGCGUUACACACAUACAGAGUGAGGAGAAAUCGUUUUAUCGUGCUUUGAGCAGGCCGAUAAUAAGGUGCUGCAACAGUGUGAAGCCUUACGUUCACAAAGCCCACCAGCUGUGCUAAAGACGGUGCUUAACGACAUAGCCCCAUCGGUGCGUUUUGACGGUGCAUGUGAAGUGGUUAUACUGUGCGAGGCAACUGUACUAAGCAACCAGGUGUGUCAUACAGUUUGCCCGGCCACGCGGCCAUCGUCCUUUUAGCUGCACAUUUGCAAGUCGCGUGAGUGUGUGUGUGAGAGUGUGAGUCUGAGUGCGUGCGGUAGUUCCAGUUCGUCCAAUCGACACUCACCCGUCCUCCGCUCGCUCCCCCUCUCCACAAUCCAGCACCACCACCACCACCACCAGCCACAACCAGUGAACAUAAAAUGGCGGCCCAGCCGGCGUGCACACGCUUCUCCGACAACUACGAGCUGAAGGAGGAGCUCGGCAAGGGUGCGUUCUCGAUCGUGAAGCGAUGCGUGCAGAAGUCGACCGGGUUCGAGUUUGCGGCGAAGAUCAUCAACACGAAGAAGCUGACGUCGCGCGACUUCCAGAAGCUCGAGCGGGAGGCCCGAAUAUGCAGAAAGCUACAGCAUCCGAACAUUGUCCGGCUGCACGACAGCAUCCAGGAGGAGAACUUCCACUACCUAGUGUUCGAUCUCGUCACCGGCGGCGAGCUGUUCGAGGAUAUUGUUGCGCGCGAGUUCUACUCGGAGGCGGACGCGUCGCACUGCAUACAGCAGAUCCUGGAGUCGGUGAACCACUGCCAUCAGAACGGUGUCGUCCAUCGGGACCUGAAGCCGGAGAACCUGCUGCUGGCGAGCAAGGCGAAGGGUGCGGCGGUGAAGCUGGCCGACUUUGGGUUGGCUAUUGAGGUGCAGGGUGAUCAGCAGGCGUGGUUUGGGUUUGCCGGUACGCCCGGCUACCUGUCGCCGGAGGUGCUGAAGAAGGAACCGUACGGGAAGGCGGUCGACAUCUGGGCGUGCGGUGUGAUCCUGUACAUCCUGCUGGUCGGCUAUCCACCGUUCUGGGACGAAGAUCAGCACCGGUUAUACGUGCAGAUCAAGGCGGGCACGUACGACUAUCCGUCGCCGGAAUGGGACACGGUGACGCCGGAGGCGAAAAGCCUCAUCAACCAGAUGUUAACAGUGAACCCGUACAAGCGCAUCUCGGCGGCGGACGCACUGAAGCAUCCGUGGAUCUGCCAGCGCGAGCGUGUCGCAUCGGUCGUCCACCGGCAGGAGACGGUCGACUGCUUGAAGAAGUUCAACGCGCGCCGCAAGCUGAAGGGUGCCAUCCUCACGACCAUGCUGGCGACACGCAACUUCUCCAGCAAGAGCAUGAUCGCCAAGAAGGGGGACGGUUCGCAGGUGAAGGAGUCGACCGACUCGUCCAGCACCACGGUCGAGGACGAUGAUUGCAAGGCCCGCCGGCAGGAAAUCAUCAAGAUUACCGAGCAGCUGAUCGAAGCAAUAAAUAACGGCGAUUACGAAACGUACACGAAGAUCUGCGACCCGCACCUGACCUCGUUCGAGCCGGAAGCGCUCGGCAACCUGAUCGAGGGUAUGGACUUUCACAAGUUCAACUUCGACAACGUGCUCGGCAAGAGCAAUAAGGCGAUCAACACCACCAUACUGAACCCGCACGUCCACAUCUUCGGCGAGGAUACCGCGUGCAUCGCGUACGUCCGUCUGACGCAGUACAUCGACAAGCAGGGUCACCCGCACACGGUCCAGACGGAGGAGACGAGGGUGUGGCAUAAAAAGGACAGCAAGUGGCAGAACGUCCACUUUCACGGUAGCCGCAACGGCAGCUUUAGCAACACCGCGACGCAAUACGACUUUGUCAAUCACAAGUAGAUUGACCGGUAGGUGGAGCAGGUAGCGUGGACGGUACGGCAAACGGUGUGGAACAGCAGCGGCAGCCAACAGCAGUUACUGCUACCAUUACUAUUACUACUACUACUACUGAUACUACUGCUACAACUACUACUACUGAUACUAUUACUACUACUACUACUACAACCAACACUUUUUCGCUUGUAAGAUGAAGCAAUCCACGACGAUGACGCCGGUAAAAGGGGCAGGACAAAAAACAAACACGUAAAAUGGAAGCAGUUUAGCAGAUAACGAAAAAAAAAAACAAACACACACACACAUACAAAAUGAUUCAGAAGAAUGCAGUGGGAAGACGCAAAGAAAUCGCA